CAUAAACGUCGUCGCGCGUGCCAUGCUAGCCUGGCUGGUUUCUUGGCUCUGUUUACCCGGUGGUUCCGUCCUCAGGCGCACACGGGCGCUAAAAGAGUCCUGAAUAAUUCAGUGGAAUAUUUAACCACGUCCAAAAAGCUGCAUCACACACGAUUCCAAGCAACGAAUAUAGACUAUGGAAGGAAUUCGAUUUAUAAAAAUGACAGUGAAUCGAUUUCGAUAUAGCCUAAUGGAAUCGAAAUUGAACCGGAACAUUUAGCCUAAAUUAAAGACGCAGUGACAAGCAUGUGAAAUUAAUAGAACUUGAUGACAAUAGAUACCGAAGGUCGUGAACGAAAUUUAUUUAGCCAGACUAUUGUUAAAAUGAAAUCGUAUGUAAAAUCUUCCGGGACAUUGAAUUAGUUUUGAAGAAAUGUUGCCAAAUAUAGUUGAUAAGUAGAAUAUUACAGUGGUAGUGAUAAUGAUGAAGUCAUUGAUAAGGUGUUUCUUCUUGACGAUGACGUUUGCGGCGCUGGUGACUGGCACAGGGGAGUGGAGCGAAGACGCUGAAGAUUUGGUAUCAACAGUGGACGUAGACGCAGUUCUCGGCCGGACCGCGUCGUUGCCGUGUGACGUCACGCCAGACACUAACGAAGAUCGCGUCUACAUGGUGCUCUGGUUCAGGAAGAGUGGGGGUAAACCUAUUUACAGUUUCGACGUCCGGGGCCGAUCGUUCAACAAAGCUCUUCAGUGGUCGGACCCCGGGGCGUUCGGGCCCCGGGCCUACUUCGCCACCGUGGCCAGGCCAGCUGCAUUGUCCCUUAGCUCGGUCCAGCUCGACGACGAAGGAGUCUACCGGUGUAGAGUGGACUUCAAGAAUUCUCCAACGAGAAACUUCCAAAUAAAACUCACCGUUAUAGUACCACCUCAUCAGAUGCUGUUAUACGAUAAAUCGGGAGCCGAUGUUUCUGGUGUCGUUGGACCUUUGGAAGAAGGGUCAGCUCUGGUUCUCGUCUGUGAAGUUCGCGGUGGUCGCCCAGAACCAGUAGUAUCCUGGCUCAUCGAUGGCACUCCAGCUCCACAAUACAUAGGAGUAAAAACUGACACCCACGUGGUGGUGAACAGGUUGGAGCUGCAGAAUCUGAAGAGAGAAGACCUCAACAGGACCUUCAAGUGCCGAGCAGCCAACACGCAUCUAGUACAGCCACAGGAGAAAAUAGUUCGCUUGGAGAUGAAUUUGGCGCCAGUCUCCGUGACCCUCUUGAACAGACCUCAGCAACUUAUAGCUGGAGCAGCGUCAACCCUAAGAUGUAUAGCUGAAGGUAGCCGACCUUCCGCGGAGAUCACUUGGUUCAAGGAUAGCAGGAGUUUUGAAAAGGAGAAGAUAACUGAACACUCCAACGACACGUUAUCUAUGAGCACCCUAGUGUACACCCCGACUCCGGCCGACAACGGCGCGGUAGUGAAAUGCGUAGCCGUCAACCCCUCGCUGCCGACUAAAGCCAUCGACGAUCACUUCACGCUCAAUGUUGUAUACAGCCCUCUAGUGACGUUAUCACUUGGCAGCACCUUGAACCCACACGACAUAAAGGAGGGAGACGACGUCUACUUCGAGUGUAAUGUACGCGCCAACCCGAGGGAACAUAGGAUAUCCUGGUAUCAUAACGACAGGCCGGUGACGCAGAACAUGUCAUCAGGCAUCAUCCUCAGCACUCGUUCCCUGGUGCUGCAGAAGGUGACGAGGCAAGAAGCCGGGGGGUACUCCUGCAGAGCUGCUAACACCAGGGGGGAAACCUCGAGUGACAUGGUCUGGUUGAGGGUGCAAUAUGCUCCAGUAUGCAGCGAGUUAUCUCCACAAGUGGUGGGCGCGGCAUUGGAUGAAGCACUGCGCGUGCGCUGUUCAGUACACGCGGAUCCAGCUGAAGUAACUUUUCUAUGGCAGUUCAACAAUAGUGGAGAGAGUUUCAACGUUUCGCCAGCUAGAUACGGUACACUUAAUGGCAGCGUCAGUGAGCUCCGAUACACUCCAGCAAGUGAACGAGAUUAUGGAGCCCUAACAUGUAGAGGUACCAACGCCGUGGGCCGCCAAGAACAGCCCUGUGUCUUCCAAAUUGUUCCUGCAGCUCGACCAUCGCCACCUCGCAACUGCACGGUGACAGCGGGGAACAACUCUAACUCCAUCGAGGAUUCCGACCACGAGGACGUGGGGGAAGCCCUGGUGGUCCGCUGCGUCGCUGGCUAUGAUGGUGGUCUACCGCAACUGGUUGUCCUGGAAGCCCUGGAUUCAGUUACCGGGACCAUAAAGUUUAACGUCACUGCUAAUGAGACUGAUGGCGUAGCUCUGUUCUUAGUACCGGCUGCUGUACUGUACACUAGUAGAAAUUCUCUGCGUCUGACCGUGCAUUCAAGGAACGACAAAGGGGCAUCAGAACGAAUCAUGGUACACGCCCUAGCUUAUCAAGAUCCUGAGCGAAGAACAGAUGGCAGCAAUGGACUAGUGGCUGGAGUAAGCAAACCGACAUUUUGGGCGAUUAUCCUCACAGUCGUCAUAUGCGCAAGCGUCGCUGUAUCCACAGCGUACUUUUUACGGAGAAAAAGGGCCAGGAUUCCAACUAAACAGCAGUCUUCGGAACUUCAGCUGAACGCUGGAGACGGCCAGUACGUGGUCGCGUUUACAUUGAAACCUCCGAAGCAAGCCCAGCCGGAUAUUUUGAAUCCCCAACCGGACGGCGACCCUCCAGACUCAAGGUGUGUCGAGCCCGUCAAAAAUGGCGCCCUUGGCGAGUGGACGAGUGGUCUCGGGUCGCUUCACACGGAAGAUUCUGGAAACAUGUUGUCUCCACCAAGAUCAACAGGCAAAGUGCUGUCAAAUAACAUGACUUUAAGUAGGCGAGAGCAUCUUAUAGCUGAAGAAAUUCCAGGGCCGGAGAGUUGUGUAUAAAAUAAAAUAGAAAACAUUUGUAAUUUUUGUACAUAGUUAAUUGUAUGUAAUGACUGUCAAAUUGUGAUAAACAAGUUGUAAAUA